ACAAGAGACCGCAAUAUCUUCCGGGUUUAAGGCAUAGGCACCUUUUCCAAAGGCAAGUACUUUCAAUAUGGCGACCCACAUGUCAAGAUUUAAGGCUUGGGGACGAGUACAGAGGUUUGGCAUCGCCGCAUGUAGGCAGUACAGCAGUGGCAGCAGCAAUGGUUAUCCAAAUGUGUCUCUUUCCGCCCCCUUACCUGGAAUCCCAAAGCCAGUGUUCGCUUCUGUGGACGGACAGGAACAGUACGAAACAAAGAUCACAACUCUUGAAAACGGCCUUAAAGUUGCCUCACAGAAUAAAUUUGGCGAAUUUUGCACAGUUGGAAUUUUAGUAAACUCCGGAUCAAGACAUGAAGUUAGAUACCCAAGUGGGAUCUCACAUUUUGUGGAGAAGCUUGCCUUUUCUUCCACAGCACAGUUUGGAAGUAAGGACGAAAUUCUCAUGACUCUGGAGAAACAUGGUGGCAUCUGUGACUGUCAAACAUCCAGAGACACUACUAUGUAUGCUGUGUCUGCGGAGGUGAAGGGCCUGGAUACUGUGGUCAGCCUUCUGUCAGAUGCUGUUCUGCAGCCACGCUUGCUAGAUGAGGAAAUUGAGAUGGCAAGGAUGGCAGUCCGUUUUGAGCUGGAGGAUCUGAACAUGAGGCCGGACCCUGAGCCUCUGCUCACAGAAAUGAUCCACGCAGCUGCAUAUCGUGGGAACACAGUCGGGCUGGCUCGCUUCUGCCCUGUGGAGAACGUGGAGAAGAUAGACCGGGCUCUGCUCCACUCCUAUCUCAGGAGUUAUUACUGCCCCGAGCGCAUGGUCCUGGCCGGCGUGGGGAUCGAGCAUGAACAGCUGGUGGCCUGUGCCAGGAAGUACAUGCUCGACCUGAAGCCCGUGUGGGGAGCCAGCACAGCAGGCAAUGUGGACCUGUCAGUAGCCCAGUAUACUGGGGGCAUCAUCAAGAUGGAUAAAGACAUGUCAGAUGUGAGUCUUGGUCCCACUCCUAUCCCUGAGCUAACACACAUCAUGAUUGGGCUGGAGAGUUGCUCGUUCCUGGAGGAUGACUUCAUUCCUUUUGCCGUCCUCAACAUGAUGAUGGGAGGCGGAGGCUCCUUCUCUGCAGGUGGCCCGGGAAAAGGCAUGUUUACACGUCUCUACCUGAAUGUGCUCAACAGACAUCACUGGAUGUACAAUGCUACUGCUUACCACCACAGCUACGAGGACAGUGGUCUCUUGUGCAUCCAUGCCAGUGCCGACCCCAGACAGGUGCGGGAGAUGGUUGAGAUUAUAACUAGAGAGUUCAUUCAGAUGGCCGGAACAGCAGGAGAGAUGGAGCUGGAGAGAGCAAAGACGCAGCUUAAGUCGAUGCUCAUGAUGAAUCUGGAGUCACGUCCGGUUAUCUUUGAAGAUGUUGGACGGCAAGUUCUAGCCACAGGCAAGAGGAAGCUGCCCCAUGAGCUGUGUCAGUUAAUCAGUAAUGUUACAGCGAAUGACAUUAAGAGGGUGACGGCGAAGAUGCUGCGUGCUAAACCAGCGGUGGCGGCACUGGGCGACCUCACAGAGAUGCCCUCGUAUGAGCACAUCCAAGCAGCACUCUCCAGCAAAGAUGGACGCCUGCCCCGGACGUAUCGUCUCUUCCGAUAGACUGACAAUAUCUUCUUCCACAAUAUGCUUUGGGGGUACAGACUGGGCACUUGCAAACUGGUCUUACAAGCAGACGGAUUUCUGUUGUUUUUCUUAUGACGCAUUGUAUUUGUUGUGAUAAACAUUGUAUUCAUGAUUUCAGAAAACGACCUGGUAUAAUAGUGUUUGUAGACAUGUUGGAUCGGUGAGACUGGCUUGAUAAAAAAAAAAAAAAUUAGCAGAAGAUCAAUUUUCCACACACACACACAACAGAUGGGAUAUCUUUUAUUGAUUUGAAUCUGUUUGAUAAUCAUUUUACCUGUGCGCUGCACUUUUCAGCUAGAGGAGCCGAGGAACCUGUGUCCUUUUGCCACACUCACAUUUGGUGGUAAUUGUAAUUGUCCAAACUACAAAUCACCUAACUGUACAUGCAUACACCUGUAUGCUUCACUUCUUGAGUUUGGGAAUUUGAUGAUCUGAGUUCUCAAUAAUUGAAAUAGUAUAUGUGUUUCUCAAUAAUUGAAAUAGUAUAUGUGUUUCUCAAUAAUUGAAAUAGUAUAUGUGUCCUGUUGAACACGAGUGAUAUCAUGACCCUAAGAGGACUCCUGAAACUCAAAGUUCUAUUCCGACACGCCAGAACUACAUAAGCUUGACCGUAUGAAUUGACAAUGCCUGCACUGUGCACUGUGUACUAAUAUAUUGAUUUCUAGAUCAUUACACACACAGUAUGUAUCCUCUUGUUGUAUAAGUAAUGACUGGCCUCAAAGGUACAAGAAUGUCCAAUGGAACUACAGCGUUGGAGUUCGUGUGCCUUGGGCCUGUGUGUGCAGAAAAAUGAUGCAUGGCAACUUUUACAUGGUCUUAACAGUUGAGAAGAUAACUUGUAUUUGGGAGUGUGCCAUCUGCAGAGGACAGACACACAGAUUUGUGUGGAAAUGUGUGAUUUUGCAAGAUACUGGUGGUAGUGUAACAUGCAUGUCACCUGGAGAAUGACCACACAUUUGCCCUUAAACAAACUUUUAAUGGAAUCUGAAAUGGGUCUGCAUUUGUAUAUAUUAAUAUGUGCCCUUAAACUUGACACAUCAGAAGAAUCAGUUAUUUUUUUUUUAAAUAUAUACAGCCCCAGGUGAGGGUAUCCCUGACCAAAAUGUGCCCCCGGUGUGCAAUAUUCCAUUUGUACACUCCUGAAAGAUGUUACAUACGAGAUCAAUACAAAAGUGUUUAAAUCUGUAUGUAUAUUGCACAAUAAGAUAACUUAUGUCUGAAUACAUCAGUAGCUGUUAACAUGGGUGAGCCUACCCUCCUCUCAUGAACAUUUGGACGAAUGCAGCACCAUUCUGGUCAUUUGGUGUUGUACUGAACUUGAUGAAGCCCUACAAGACAGAUGUGGAGUGCAUACGCACAUCCCUGUAUGAAGUUAUCUUUUCAUUGUUGCUGUUUUUUGUGUAGAAAGUUGCUGAGCAUCGUUUUUAUGGGUACAUCAGGAGUAUCGAAGGCUGUUACAAAUAAGGCCUGAAAUAUGCAUCUGAACAAAAAAAAAAAUGAACUGUACAUCAGAAUCAAUUGCUCCACUUCUCUUGUUCUGCAUAUUCAUGGGUGUGUGUAUAGGGCAAGGAAUACAGUGUGUGUGUGUGUGCAUCACAUUUGAAGAGGGGUUAACUGUUACUUGUUGCUUGUCAAAAGGUCAAAAUAAAUGUGAGUCAUUUCUAUACA